UCUGGCCGCUCCGAGCCCGCGGCGCCCGGCGGCGGCUGCAGCAGCAAGAGCGGCAGCAUGUUGGGCAGAGUUCGCUCAGCGAUGGCGCAACUAGUCGGGGGUCUGGGAGGCGGAGGAAGCCCCCGGAGUCCGCAGCACGCCUCGCCCACCGCCAGCGCCUCAACCGCGCCGUCCCCGUCUGUUUUGUCCGAGGCUGCCGGGCCCAACGUUACCGCCGCCGCGGCCACUACCACUACCUCCUCCUCCGCUACCACCACGAGCAGUUCCUGUCGCGAGAAGCCCCGCGGCAGCUUCUCAAGGCCGGCUUUUCUGCAGCUCACGCCAGAGGAGCUCCUGCUGGCCGACGACCACACGGGCAGAGCCGUCCAGAGUCCCCGCGAGAGUCGCCGUCGCCUGCCCUGGAGCACCGGCUACGCCGAGUAGGCGAGAAAAAGCGGCCGGUGGAGGCGACGGAGGGAGGGAGCACCUCAAGCGCCUUGGGCCGAGUGAUAAAUGCUGGUAAGAGCCAGCAUAAUGAGGAUCAAGCUUGUUGUGAAGCCGUCUUUGUGGAAAAAAGAGACAGCCUGAGAAAUAACCCAGGCCCCAAGGGAAUCUCUGGAGAGUCAGAAGGCAGCAAAGGUCUGUACUUUUACUACUGGGGUUUGUUUGACGGACAUGCUGGAAGUGGAGCUGCAAUCAUGGCAUCAAAACUGCUUCAUUUCCAUAUUCGUGACCAACUCCGAGACUUGGUGGAUAUCUUACAAGAUUCCUCUCCUCCUCCAAUUUGUCUGCAAAAGGGACCCAGGACAUUUCUCACAGAACCAAACAAAGCUCCUCUGGCAGAAGAUGCAGAGGUCCCAAACAGUGCCUUGCCACGCUUCCAUAUGGAAAAGGUGGUUUCCCAUGAAAGUUUAGUAGUGGGAGCCAUUGAAAAUGCAUUCAAGCAGAUGGACAAUCAAAUUGAGCAAGAACGGGUAACCAGGCAGGCAACUGGAGGCUGCUGUGCCCUAACUGUGGUUUAUCUUCUGGGAAAGUUUUAUGUGGCCAAUGCUGGUGAUAGUAGGGCCAUUGUCAUCCGUAAUGGGGAAAUCAUUCCAAUGUCCAGGGAAUUUACUCCAGAGACAGAGAGGCAAAGGCUACAGUUUUUAGGCUAUUUGAGGCCUGAAUUACUGGGAAAUGAGUUUACUUUCUUUGAGUUUCCCCGAAGGAUCCAACAGAAGGAAGUGGGAAAGAAGAUGUUAUAUAGGGACCAAAAUAUGAAUGGCUGGGCAUAUAAAAGGAUAGAAGAAGAUGACCUGAAGUUUCCACUUGUAUAUGGAGAGGGUAAAAAGGCUCGAAUGAUGGCAACCAUUGGGGUAACUCGAGGCUUAGGAGACCAUGAUCUCAAAGUUUACAACUCCAACAUCCACAUUAAGCCUUUCUUAUCUUGCAUUCCAGAGGUGCACAUUUAUGACCUCACACAGUAUGAGCAUUGCCCUGAUGAUGUGCUGGUGCUGGGCACUGAUGGCCUCUGGGAUGUCACUAGUGAUCAGGAGGUAGCCACUGUGGUCAUUGAUGUAUUGAUGGGCUAUGAACCCAAUGAUCCUUGCAGAUAUACCAUGGCAGCCCAGGAAUUGGUAAUGAGAUCCAGAGGAAUUCUGAAGGACCGUGGCUGGAGGCUGGCCAAUGACAAACUGGGUUCUGGAGAUGAUAUAUCUGUUUUUGUUAUCCCCCUGGGUGGUCCAGGAAACUAUUCCUGAACCCUGAACCUCCGGGAUACAGAGUUCUUGAUUCAAAACUAUAAAAAAUGUAAUUUAAUUGAAGAUUGUAGAUUCCCUUGCUGUUGAAAUAUUUUGUUCUUCAAGUCUUCAGAAAUGGAUUAUAAAACCCAGUCAUAAAGACUGCAGUUUCUCCAUCCAGUUUUCAUCUUUUUCAAGCAAGCGAGAGACGUGACACAUAGCCGAAAUCAAACUCUUUCAUGAAUUUCUACCAUAAGGUCAUGAAGUGCUGUAAAAAUCCUUAAUUCUCAGGGCUGUGUGGAAUCUGUGAUGUGGUGCCAGGGAAAGAAAACUCUGGGUUCCACUGGCAUGGAAAUGGUCUUCAUACUGAUUGUUAGUUCUGGACUAUCCUUGAUCUGUUACAGUACUGAAUCAUUUGUAAAUAUAUUUUUUUGUUUCCCCCGUGAUUAUAAAGGGACAACUCAAGAUGCCAAGGACCACCUCAUUUUGAUUCACAAUGGCAACUGUGCCUACUUGUCUAGAAAAUACUGUCUUUCUUGGCAAUUAAUCAUAUGUGAAUUGCUAAAAAAUAAUGUCAAGUAAGUGUUGUUGACUGGUUGCUAGUUAUUUCUUGGAUUUAUCCCAGGCAGGAUAUGCAGUUUUUCCCCUCUGAAAGUUGGAUUUCAGGCUGAAUGAAGUAAGCACUCAUUUUAAAUGUAUCACUUAUUUUGCAGGGAUUUUUCUGCAUCAUGUUAAAUACUGUACAUCAUUUAACAAAAUUUGCUAAUUUUAUAGGAGUACCUCCUCUGAACAGCAGCAGAUGGGUACAACUGAUUUCUACCAUAGAAAAUAUUGUUGAAGAAAAUCUUACCUUGUAUUGCUUCCUCCACAAAGUGGUGGAACAUCUGGUGAUCUAA